AUGUCUUUCCAACAAAUUCCCAAUGAACAAUCAGAAAGUUCCUUCAUUCCGCCUGUGAACUCUCAAGCCAAGCCGAAGACCCGCACAGGCAUACAUUCUCUUCCUAUGGAGAUUCUAGGUCGAAUUUCUGAGGAGUCUAUGAAGGAAGAAGAGUCAGGAACAAACACUGGCAACAUCACACGCAACUUGCCGAACUUUGUCACAAGCUUGAAAUGUGGCGUGAACGAUCCAUGGCGUAGAGCUUAUAUCCAUACCCUGGAUGCUUGCAGCAGAAACUGGGUCUAUUCUCUUCACUUUGGAAAUAACUGGAAGCUACAGAUGGAUUCCGAAGAAGGUGGACUAGUCCGAAAUAUUGUCAUCAAAUAUUUACCUGAGAUCUGGGAAAAUCACCCCUCGCACUACUCGCUCUAUAGACCUACCCAGACUAUCAAUGGUGUCCCCGUGGUCAGUGCAUCGGCGGGGCAAUUAACCAUUGUCAAAGACGUGAGGUAUUACUACUGGAAUCCAAUGCCAGAGGUAGUGAACUCGUCACUAGACAAUUUACCCAACGUUCGUUCAAUUCAACUAGAGUUCAAGACCUUCUGCGUUUGCUUCGAAGCAAAAAGCCUUGGUAUGUUUAGAACUUUGCAAAGCUUUCUGGGCGAUCAUAAAGACUUCAAGCUCAAAUCCGCCACAAUUGAGUCAACGAGUAGAGUACUAGGGCCAGAUAUGCAGCGAAUUGUGAUCCCGCAGGUCACUGUAAUGGCAGGCUAUGACGUCUGUUUUGAUCUCACAGACAAGGGAAUCUGGACAUUGAAAGUUUUUUCAAAACAGACGGAUGCUAGAGCGAAGACUGUGAAUUUGGAUCCAGAAAACUAUGAGGGUUCACUGUCGCGUAUGCAUUUAUACGAUGUUGUCCAGGUGUUGCGUGGAUGCAAAUGGACGUGGAUACUUGAAAGAGAAGAGAAUUAG